AUGAUAAAACGAGAGCCCGGUGCUGGAUCCUUAUUUCCAGCCGAUCAGCUCAAAACAAAUGGCGAGAAAGUGUCAAGGGCAGAGCCGAAAUGUGAUAGCCGCCCACCUCUCAAGGAAAAGACAACCAAUACUAACGUUACACAAAAGAGUUCCACAGCCGGGAUCGAGCAAAAACGCAAACUAGUUUCAAAGAUAGUACUCCCCAUCGACAAACAAGCUGAAAUUUCAGCGUCGCGCCCACCUACGCAGGGAAAUUGUCUGGUCAAAAGCGAGCAGUCGGUUCUUUCGUUUCAAUCGCUCAAACGUUCACCAAGUCUUUCAAAAGAAGAUGCUUUAGAGGAAAUUGCACCCCCAGGUAAAAGGCCAAAUACUGAACAAAAACAACCACUGCUGUCUGACAGUAUUCGUAAUGUUGUAUCGAUUGAUCACUCUUUUGGUGAAUCUAACACGUCGCAGAUGCUUUUACUGAAGAGUACAGCUCCAUUAAACCCUGGGCCAUACGAUGUCGUAGCUAACGCCCUACAUGAAGCUGAUAUUCGUAAAGAGACCGCUUCAUAUUAUCAGGAAGUAUUCAAAGAUGUCAAGGACGAAGCAGAGCAGAAAGCAUGUAUUAAUUUUGCUAAGAUGGAUCUGCAACAAUGGAUUUCACUAGGGCAAAGUCUUCAAGAAGAGCACAUCUCAAUAAUGGGCAGGUUUAUUGAGUCUCGGAUCAGACUGAGCGAAAAAUUCAGAGUGAUUACCAAGUUAAUCAACGAUCGUGCUAUCGCUCUAAACGCACAAGGCGAAAUCCUGGAUCAGAAACUCCGGAAAAUCCAGGAUUUAGGACGAGAAAUUCUCGAAAUAAUCUAA